ACUAUGUGCUGGCUGUGUUGGUGAAGUUAUAUACUCAGUUCGGGACAAAGACUCGCAGUCAGCUGUUAAAUGUAGAAGGGUCACUAGAAUCAAACUUGGUGUAUGGUACGAUUAGCAUUCUGGUAGACUUUCCGUGACAGUAUAAACAUGAAUACAGAACUUUCACCAGCAGUACAAUCUCAAGGGCGAAUGGCAAAUUCAGAAGAAAGGCAGAGUAUUCGUUCACCAUUAAUGGACGGACAUACAGAUUGUGGUGUAAGACAGUCCGUGAAUGGUGAAGCAUCCCCUCUGCUGGGCUCCAAGGAGGACAUCAGGUCCUACAAGAGACGCUGGUAUGUCCUCCUCGUCUUCUCGUAUGCUGCGCUGCUCCAGGCAGCAGUGUGGAACUGUUUCGGACCUGUAGCCCAGUCAGCGGAGGCUGUGUUCGGCUGGACCGAUGCUGAGAUUGGGAUGCUGAACAACUGGGGAACUAUUGUGUAUAUUGUGUUUAUGGUCCCCGUCGCCUGGUUGAUGGAUGUCAAAGGCCUGAGGGCGUCGAUGCUGUUGUGUGCCGUGCUGCUGGUGCUGGCUACGUCACUACGAUGCAUCACGAGUGAGCCUGUCCCUGCAACAUGGUUGAUCAACAUUGCGGCCAUAUUGAAUGGUGUUGCCGGCACCGUAACGUUCGCUGGCCCGACCCUGAUGUCCGCCACGUGGUUCCCACCCCACCAGAGAGCCACUGCCACGGCCGUCUCCACCGUCCUCGGAUACAUGGGAAUCUCUGGAGGAUUUAUAAUAGGUCCCCUGUUGGUGCCUCAGCCAGACCGAGUCACGAAUAUGUCAGAUAUACAGCCACUAAACUACUCCAGCGAUGAGGCGGAUCAACCACCGAACAUCACCAGUGCCAUUGAUGUCAGCGCCGAGAGGGAUGGUUUGAUGCUCCUUAUGUAUGUAGAAUGUGCGGCGUGUGUGCUGCUGCUGCUCCUGGUGGUGGUGUACUUCCCCGCAAAGCCCCCCUCUCCCCCUAGUCUCACAGCGUCCAUGGAGAGAACAAGCUACCUGCAGGGGCUCAAAGGAUUGUUCACACACAAGCGCUUCCCUUUGAUCCUGAUGGCGUAUGGAGUACCUACGGGGGUAUUCGCUGCAUUCGGGGCAGUUUUAGACGUCAAUCUGGAGGAAGUCAACGUGACGCAGGCGAGUCAUGAAUACACCCUCACUCACGGCGUGUGCCGGAAUUCUUCCCAGUGUUCACAAAACCAGGCAGGCUGGAUGGGGUUUUACGCCACGAUGGGGGGCUGUUUGACCGGCCUACUCAUAUCCAGAGUCUCCGAUAUGUUCAUGCGUCACAUGAAGAUGUUGCUGUUGCUGAUGUUCUUCCUGGCUACAUCAGCAACGGUCUGGUUCGUGCUGAUACGUCUUUCAUACGUCCCCUUCAGCAUAACGUCUCUGUACAUAUCCUUCAUCCUGAUUGGAGUGUUCAUUCCGGGAUCUGUGCCGUUGUUCUACGAGCUGGGAUGUGAGGCAUCCUACCCUAUAGCCGAGGGCGUCACUACCGGCAUGCUCACCCUGUUUAACAACCUGACCGGCACCAUCUUCCUCUCUAUUCUACAGAUACCUGCAAUAGGUGUUACUUGGAUGAAUUGGUGUGUGCUCGGAACAGUAGUAUUUUCCAUACCACUACUUGUGCUGUUCAAGGAGGGCUACACCAGGACGAACAUUGACAUGGAGAAGCACAUUAAUGCCUAAUUGUGUUCCGCUGGGGUCGGUGCUAAUGUCAAGGGGGCGGAAGCCAAUGUGGACACGUUUAUUGAAUACAAAUGUCUAUUACUCA